AUGACAGUAUCUCACUACAUAUUUCCGCUCUUCUCGUCCCAGCAUGUUCUUGUGACGAGAAACAAGAAAAAAAAGAUAGACUCCACCACCACGGGCGGGGGCGUCGCUGCUGCUCCAACUUGUCCGGAGAUCAAGAAUACGAGAGCAACCCCUCUCCGUUUCGCGCUCCCCCUCCUCCUCCUUGUCGCCGACACCCUGCGACCACAUCUCGCGAGUGCGUCGACUAGCCUGCCUUCCUCCAGUGAGCUGUGCCCAGACGAGACGGCGGCGUGUUACGAAUCAACGCUCUGCUGGGACUGCGUCGCGCAGUUCGAGGACAGCUCCGAGUACUGCGAGGACCGCUAUCCGGUCUUGGCCGCUGAGGACGAUGAUGGUUGCGAGGCUGCGACUGCCCUGUACUGCUGCAGCUUCGACGCCAGUGGCGAGGACUGCCUCGACGACACGGUCACCGUGGACUACUUUCGGUGUAGUGUUGUCGAGGUCAGCGGCUGCGAUCUGUCUGACUCUCCGUGCGGGGGAAGCAGCAGCUCUACCACCAGCCCCGAUGACGAUCUGGUGACGGCAACAUCACUGUCGCCGGCUGACGACGAUGAAUCGACAACAUCAGCUGAUGACGAUGAAUUUGCUGAUAACGACGAAUCUGCUUAUGACGACGCGUGGGCUGAUGACGACGACGCGCGGGCUGAUGAUGACACGUGGGCUGAUAAUGACUACGACUCAUCACCGUCUGAAGAUGAUGACGGAUCACAGUCUGCUGACGAGGAAAAUGAUGACCUUGGUCCCGACUCAGGCGACACCAGCGGGGCAAUAGGAACGUUUGCAGCUCUUUCGCGCGCUUCGAGUGCCGCUUUCCUGUGGGGUGCGCUCUGCUGUAUCGUCCUGGUAGUCACGGAUGCACUAGCAAGAAUAUAG